UGCAAAGGGGCAUUAUUCCUUCGCGGAAGGACCUCCUGCCUCCGCGUACUCCUCCAGCCAUCCCAGGAGCCAGAUGGUUCCUUUCCGACCUCCCGGCCCCGCCUCGACCCUUCGGGGCUGGUCCCGGUCCUGGUUCUUUGUAGCAUCUUGUCUGGGGCCGCGGGAGCCCUUUGGCCCGCCAAGCCCUAAAGGCAGAUGGCCCUUCUUCAAACCAAUAAGGAUCUCAUUGCUACAGGAAUAAAGGAAUUUAACAUUCUGCUAAAUCAGCAGGUCUUCUCGGAUCCUGCUGUCCCUGAAGAAGCCAUGGUGACUGUGGUGAACGACUGGGUGAACUUCUACAUCAACUAUUACAGGCAGCAGAUGGUGGGGGAGCAGCAAGAGCAGGACAAGGCUGUGCAGGAACUUCGGCAAGAGCUGGAUACUCUGUCUGCCUCUUUCCUGGACAAAUACAGGAACUUCCUGAAGUCCCUGGGAGCACCCGAUCACAGGCUGCCUUCCUCCUAGCCGGGAGACCCAGGCUUGUCUGAGACCCUUAAAUGCUGCCUCUGUGUUCUUCAAGGCCUCAGGCUCUGCUCCUUCAUGGUGUUACUGCACCCUGACACCUCAAUAAAGACCAGUACUUGUUUUGAUGGUU